CUCACCAGCAUGGAUCGCCGCGUCUUUCGUCUUUCGGAGGUGUACAUAUGAUUCGUGUGGCAGUUGAAGACUCGUUAACAGAUGAACCGGCCGAAAUAAUUAAACAUUCAGUUGUUGUCGUGUAAAGAGUGAAGUACUACCGGCCGUAGAAUCGUUACAUUGGUGCAUUUUUGCUGUCCUCGAAGUAGAAGUCCAUCCAUUCAGCAGCAAUGACAAUCUACGGAAAAUUGGUGCAAAUAAUUAUCAUCUCAUUUUGAGAAGAAGAAAUUGUUUUGUUUUUGUUCAUGCCGCAUGCUUCUGUUUGGUUAGUGCUUGAACAGCUGUUUCCUGGCUUCUAUUCGACCGGCUCUGGUGCAUUAUGUGAAUUGAGAGGUGGUGAUUGCAUAUUGAUAGGAAAGGUAUGCCAUCAGCUUCAUCUGCAAAAAAAAUGCCCUCCUUGACGUAAGAAUCGCAUCUCCAAGGCUUUGAGCGGAACUUUAUGGAAUAGGAAUCGCAAUAGCAUUUAUAAUUGGUUCAUUAUUCUUCAAGAGAAUGUCCAGCCAAUCGGUUCUAUAUAAACGAAACGUUUUGAUCACCAAUGGAUCCUCACCACUAUCGCAAGCCCUGUGCGAACAGCUGAUCGAGACGCACAAAUGUCAAGUGGCGUUACUUUCCUCUUACGAUGAACAAAAGGAUGCAACUCGUCGGCAGCAUGAGUCGAUAAGCUUAUUUGAUUGUAAUCUCACCAACAGAAAGCAAGUUUGUGACCUGGCAGAGAAAUUAGAAAAACAAUUUGGAACGAUUGAACUGGUGAUCCAUCAAGAGAGUGGUACUGGCUUGCAUAGUACUGAUCAGGAGACCACCCAUUUCGUCAGCCAAACUUCAAACGAUAUUUUAGGAUUUGUCAACCUUCUCACGUGUUUCGUCCCUUGUAUGCUACAACAAGAGAGAGGAAGGAUUGUUUCAAUCAAACACACCCCCAGUAAUGCCAAGGCAGCCAUAGACAGCCAACCAGACUAUGAUGAUCUCGUACAAAGCAUUUUCCGUUCACAGACGGCUUCGUUACCCAAUCACAGUAUAAGGGGACCAGAAAACAUUCGGUUCACCACAGUUUUCAGCAACUAUCAACAACAAAAACAACUGCAGCAGCCAAAACUGACACUCAACUUAAAUUUGACCGAACAUGAAGUUGCACAACGCAUUCUGAGGGGUGUCGAAUCGGAACAAACGUACGUGCAAAUUCAGGCGCGGCGUAAUUUGCUCGAGUUUUGCUCGGCAAACAUUGUCCAACUGGCCUCGAUUGGGUUGGACAAAUUGCAGCUGAAAAAAUCGCAGAAAAUUCCAAUUAAAGUACAAUAAAGAU